AGUUCUCUCCAGUUUUUUUUCUCUCAGUCUUCUCCAGUCCCAGUUUUCUCUGCAGUCCCCGGUCUCUGCGCCUUCUCUCCAGCAUGUCUGAAAAGAUCGACACGCUCCCUGCCUACGAGGCGCCUGAGAAGCAGGAUGGGUUCACCGUGGAGGAGGACGGGCUGAAGCGCGGCGAGGUGACCGAUGCCUUUGGCAACGAGGAGAUGGCAGAGAUCAAAUACAAGACUUUAAAAUGGUGGCAGUGUGGAUUGCUGAUGAUCUGCGAGUCGGUCUCUCUGGGUGUCUUGUCCCUGCCGGCUGCUGUGGCCACAUUAGGGCUUGUUCCGGCCAUCAUUCUUAUCAUCGGAUUGGGCCUGCUGGCCACCUAUACAGGAUACAACAUCGGCCUCUUCCGCGAACGAUACCCUCAUAUCCAGAAUCUGGCGGACGCUGGCGAGAUCCUGAUGGGUCGGUUCGGCCGUGAGCUGUUCGGCCUGGGCCAGUUCCUGUUCUGCAUCUUCGUGAUGGGCAGCCAUCUGUUGACCUUCCGGGUGAUGAUGAACACCAUCACCGACCAUGGGACGUGUUCAAUCGUGUUCAGCGUGAUUGGCAUGGUCAUCUCCAUGGUGUUUUCUAUUCCGCGGACCAUGAAGGGCAUGACCUGGAUAUCAUUUGCUUCCUUUUUGAGUAUCUUCACGGCCGUGAUGGUCACCAUGAUCGGCGUGGGCGUCGAAAGCCACCCCGGACGGAUCAUCGAGGCGACCACCCACCAUAGCCUGUACACCUCCUUCUCGGCUGUGUCGAACAUCGUCUUCGCCUACUGCGCACACGUCGCCUUCUUCGGCCUCAUCGCCGAGAUGGAGAAGCCCAAGGAUUUCACCAAGUCCCUGUGCAUGCUGCAGGUGUUUGAGAUUUGUCUGUAUACCACUGCUGCCAUUGUGGUGUACUACUUUGUCGGUACCGAGGUCCAGUCUCCCGCUCUCAGCUCGGCAGGGCCUUUGUUGAAGAAGGUGGCCUACGGCAUUGCCAUUCCUACUAUCGUCGGCGCUGGCGUGGUCAACGGCCAUAUCGGACUGAAAUAUAUCUACUUCCGAACCUGCCACAAGUCGGACCUCAUCCACAGCCGCAGCCGCCGCAGCGUGGGCAUCUGGAUCGCGCUGGGCCUGUCGUGCUGGCUUGUUGCCUGGGUGAUCGCCGAGGCGAUCCCUGUGUUCAGCGACCUCAACGGCCUGAUCAGCGCCCUGUUUGCCAGUUGGUUCAGCUACGGGCUGAGCGGCGUGUACUGGCUGCACCUGAACUAUGGGCAGUGGUUUGCCGGCCCGAAGAAGAUUGCCUUGACAGUGCUGAACAUGACCAUUGUCUUGAUUGGCCUUAUCCUCUGUGUGUUGGGACUGUAUGCUUCUGGUACCGCCAUCCAUGAAGAUGCUGCCAGCUUGAGCUUCAGCUGCAGCAGCACAUAAUGAGUUUGCAUAGUAAGUAUAGCGAUGAUGAAUGUAUUAUAGAUUAGACGUAUAGAAUAAAUAGACCAUUUCGAAGAU